CAGCUAUAUCAUGAAAUUGUUCAAGCAAAUGUUAGGCGAUUUUGAGUGAUACCGGCUAUAUUAUGGGUUUUUGGUUCGCAAGUCAUUUAUGUCGCAAGUCACGCAUUCGCCCAUUCAGAGACAAACUCGUUGUAGCACGAUACACUGUGCACGCAAUACAAACAAACAAAGUACUUAGCGGACACUAAAAUAAUACGUUAUGGAAAGAAAAUUGCAUAGUGGAAUUCAUCAUCCAACCCUGCGAAUGCUGCAAGAAUCAGGGUGUGAAAUAACUCCACACAAUUUAAUGUACCCGAUAUUUUUGAUAAGCGAUGACGAUGCAAUCGAACCUAUUAAAAGUAUGCCAGGUCAAUCACGAAUGGGAGUUAAUCAAUUACGGAAGUUUAUAGAGCCGCUGAUAUCCAAAGGACUCUCUUCAAUUCUUCUCUUCGGUGUGGUAGAUUCUUCGUUAAAAGAUGAUCGAGCUAGUAAUGCAGACUCUGAUGUAAAUCCAGUAAUACGGGCAUUGCCUCUGUUGAGAAAGUGGUUUCCAAACCUUUUAUUAGCAUGUGACGUUUGUCUAUGCCCGUAUACGAAACAUGGACACUGUGGUAUUCUUGGUGAAAAUGGACUUUUGAACGCACCGAGCAUUGACCGUUUAGCAGAGGUUGCUGUUUCCUAUGGGCUUGCGGGAGCACAUAUUGUAGCUCCUUCAGAUAUGAUGGACAAUCGUAUUCGUGCAAUAAAAGAAGCUUUGAUAACAGCAAACUUGGAAAAUAGAGUGUCUUUAUUGUCCUAUUCUGCGAAAUUUGCAUCGAACUUCUAUGGUCCUUUCCGCGAUGCAGCGAAGUCUGCGCCAGCGUUCGGUGAUCGUCGUUGCUAUCAACUUCCUAGUGGAUCCAAGGGGCUGGCUAUUAGGGCUGUUCAUAGGGAUGUUAUGGAAGGAGCAGAUAUGCUGAUGGUUAAACCGGGAAUGCCAUAUCUGGAUAUAUUGCGACAGACAAAAGACACUUAUCCAAGUCAUCCGUUGUAUGUAUAUCAGGUUAGUGGUGAAUAUUCUAUGCUAUACUUCGCUGCCGAGAAUGGUGCUUUUGAUCUAAAAGAUGCUCUAAUGGAGACAAUGAAAGGAUUUCGUCGAGCAGGAGCUGAUUGCAUUAUAACGUACUUCACUCCCAUAUUGCUAGAUAUAUUAUCAGGACUCAAAUAGCAUAGAGUUAAUUUUACACUUAAAUGUGGAUGUACAUUUAUUGACACCUAACUAUCUAUGUCUGAAGAUUUUAUUAUACUGAUCGCCGAAAGUUAAAAAUAAAAAAUCCUAAAUUUACUAAUAAACGAA